AUGAUCAAUGAAACCUUAAUAAAUGAAGGACCUCAAAAUCUUUAUGAUUAUUUUCCAACAAGUAUCUCAUGUCCUCAAGCUGAAAUAAAAGAAGAUGAAUCACCUGUUUAAUAACAUUAUAUCAGUUCAUUUUGCUUUUAACUUAGAAAGUACUAAAAAUAGAAAUUUAAUACUUAGAAAAAUCAAACGAAAAAAGAAUCGCCCAAGCCUUUUGAAAAUAGAAGAUAGUGGGAGAAAUGUAAAGUUAUAUUCGUGUUCACUUUUAUCUAAUAAUACAGAAAAACCUGACAACGAUACUUAAUGA